AGACAGAGAGUACCGAAGCCCACCGCCUCACACUGCAGCACCGCGUUACCGGACCGGUCCAGGAUGUUAGACAAUGAAGAGAUCCUGCUGGAGAGCCACCCACGGGAGCUCACCCAGAACCCGCUGAAGAAGAUCUGGAUGCCCCACAGGAGCAGCCACAUCGCUCACAGACGGGUAUGUAUGACAAACUGUCCGACCCUCAUUGUGACCGUGGGACUUCCUGCCCGAGGGAAGACUUACAUUUCCAAGAAGCUCACUCGCUACCUAAACUGGAUAGGCGUGCCAACAAAAGAGUUUAACGUUGGCGACUACCGGAGGGAGUGUCUGAAGAUCUACAAGUCCUUUGAGUUUUUCCGCUCAGAUAAUGAAGAAGGUGUAAAAAUUAGACGUCAGUGCGCCAUGUCGGCGCUCAAUGAUGUUCGGCAGUACCUGAGCGUUGAAGGAGGACAGGUUGCAGUAUUUGAUGCCACAAACACAACAAGAGAAAGAAGAGGAACUAUCAUGAAGUUUGCUGAGCAGAACGGCUUCAAAGUGUUUUUCGUGGAAUCUGUGUGUGAGGAUCCAGAUGUCAUUGAACAAAAUAUAGUGCAAGUGAAGCUGGGAAACCCAGACUACAUUCACUGCAGUUCAGACGAGGCAAUCGAAGACUUCAUGAAGAGAAUAAAGUGCUACGAGUCGUCCUACCAGCCUCUGGAUGAGGACCUUGACAGCGACGUGUCGUUUAUAAAGAUCAUGGACGUGGGCCGUCGUUAUCUGGUGAACCGGGUCGUUGACCACAUCCAAAGCCGAAUUGUCUACUACCUGAUGAACAUCCAUAUCACUCCACGAUCCAUCUACCUCUGCCGCCACGGUGAGAGCGACCUCAACCUCAAGGGACGCAUCGGAGGAGACUCCGGCCUUUCUGCUCGAGGGAAAGAGUAUGCCAAACGUUUGGGGAAGUUCAUCGAGGAACAGCAGAUCAAAGAUUUGAAAGUUUGGACCAGUCAGAUGAAAAGAACAAUCCAGACGGCGGAGUGCCUCGGGGUGCCAUACGAACAGUGGAAAUCCCUGAAUGAAAUUGAUGCUGGUGUGUGUGAAGAGAUGAUGUACGAGGAGAUCCAAGAACAUUUUCCUCUGGAGUUUGCGAUGAGAGACCAAGACAAAUAUCGCUACCGCUAUCCUAAAGGAGAGUCGUAUGAAGACCUGGUGCAGCGGCUGGAGCCUGUGAUCAUGGAGCUGGAGAGACAGGAGAACGUUCUGGUCAUUUGUCACCAGGCCGUCAUGCGCUGUCUUCUCGCAUAUUUCUUGGACAAAACAUCCCAUGAGCUGCCUUAUCUCAAGUGUCCUUUGCACACCGUGUUGAAGCUGACACCUGUUGCUUAUGGGUGUAAAGUGGAAAGUGUGUAUUUGGGCGUGGACGCUGUGAACACACACAGGGACAGGCCGGAGAACGUGAACGUGCAGCGCAGCACUGAAGACGCUCUGCAAACGGUUCCUGCUCACCUCUGAUUCCUGACAGCUCGUCCAAACUCGGUUCUGGGACUUGUGGACUAAAAAGUGCCGUCCAGCAGAACUUGUCGGCUUCCUCCCCGACACAGAAACAUCUUCCUGGACUCCUGUGAUUUUACUUUAUCUGUGGGCAAACUAAAGCCACGUCCUUCCACUCUGUGGACCCGCUGUUGCUGCAAUAAUUUUUAAUGUCCAGCAUUUUUUUUAUGAUUAUAGAGACCAAGUCCGCUCCAUAGUCCAUACUGUAUAUACUGUUAAAUACCUCCUGAUUUGGAAGACGGGUUUUAUGUAUGAAACACUCCUACCAUGUAUUUAAAAACAAGUGUUUGUUUUUUUUACUCUUAUUUUAUCUGUUUGAAAUGUAAAAAUGGAGUGCACCAAGCACUAAAAAAAAUGUUUUUUUUUACAUCUCAGUGGUGAAGAUAUAAUUUUUAAACUGAGCCUACAACUUACAAAUACUACACAAGACUAAACACUUUGUAAAUGCAUGUGAUAUAUGUUUUCUAAUCUGAAUUAAGUGAUUUAAUCCAAAAUGUGAUGACCGUAAUGA